AUGGUGCACUAUUGGGAUCAGGAAUAUUCUUUAAAAGAUAAUGAAUUAUUUUUCAAAACGAUUUUGAAAAAUGCCAAAAAAAGAAAAAUUGCAAAACUUGAAAGAGCUUCAACAUCAAGGCAACGUUCGAAACCCAAAAAUAAUUUGAAACGUAUGAAGUUUUCAGAAGAAAAUGAGACAAAUGUAACUUCUGAUAACGGUGAAAGUGAGAAUGAGAUAAACGAAGAAGAAAACACGAUAAAUAAGAAGAAAAGAAAUGAUUCAGUAGAAGAACACACAAAGGAAAAUAAAGAAGGCGAUGUUAUAAAAAAUAUCUCAAAAGACAUCGCCAAAUAUAAUAGUAACGUUAUAAUUGGAAAGGAGACAAGUGUCUGA